CCCCGCACACAGGAUGGCGGUUGCGGCGGACGUGGAGAGCGGCCUCUUGGCCCAGCCCUGGUGCUCGCUGCGCCUGCCCGAGGCGCCCACCGUCCUGGCCAAGGCCUGCUUCGGCGCCGCCGGCUACGCCCUGCUGCUCUGCGACCUGGACGGCGCCUGGUUCGAGCACCUGGAGGCCACGGCGGUGGCCCAGAGGUCGCAGGAGCUGAAUCGGCGGCUGAUGGCCCGCACCCAGUCCCUCCUCGCCCGCCUGCAGGACCUGCUGUGCUCGCUGCUGGAGAGCCGAGCCAGUGCCGGCACCGCCGUCUCCUGGCACCGGGACGCCGGGCACCUCACGCUGCGCAUCAGGAGCGAGCUCUCAGGGCUGCCCUUCUACUGGGACUUCCGCUGCGCCCCGGCCCCCGUGCCCAUGGUCUGCCAGCACCUGGCGCGGCCCCUGCUUCACAUGAGCCUGGCCCUGCAGUGCCAGCUGCAGCACCUGGCCUUGCUCCUGCUGCAGAAGGACGCUGAGAUCGAGGACUACCGGGAGAGUGGCGCUGUGCUCAGCCGAGACCGCCUGCGGACGGAGCCCUUUGAGGAGCAGGCUGUGCUGCAGAGGGUCCUGGCCGAGAGCCUGGCCUGGGUGUGCGGGCCCGGGGACGGGCAGGCAUUUGCAGACAAGCUGCAGCCCCUCUACAGAGCCGUGGUCCAGCAGGGAGCCCGGGCACGGCGUGGCUCAGAAGAGACCCCGGAGCUCGCACCCCACGACGAGGCUGCGGGGGCCACAGACACGGCACUGCCGCCGGAGCCGCCACAGGGCAGGUCGGAGCCCCCGCUCUCUCCAGCCCGGAGCAACGGAGCCGCUGCGGAGGGCUCAUCUCCCAGCCAGAAGCCGCGACUGCUCGUGUCCAAGCCCAAAGCCAAGAAGGCCAAGGGCCUCUUCAGCUGACCGCCGGCUCUGUCCCCCUCCCUGCGGGGUCACCGCUCCCCCCAGCCCUGCCCCCUCCACGCUGCACCAAAUUUGGCCCCUUCUUGCCUUGCUGUGGCUGUCGCUGCCCCACCACGUCCCACCCCAGCUCCAGGACACUGCACAUACUUGGGGGGACACUACCCAUGCUCGGGGGCUACAGGGCAGGGGAGGGGGUAUUGGGGUCUCCGCUCCUUUGGCAGCCACUUGCACUGCUCCACAAUAAAGGGCCCCGGUCGCUGGCCGGGGGCAUCUGACAU